AUGAAAUCUGAACACGUUUUGAAGGCUAUUCAGAGGAAUGGGAAGAGAGGCAGAGAAAGGAAGGGAGGAAUAGAUACAGGACAGUCCAUACAUCCCAUAAAAUUAUUAGAGGUUCAGGUGCCUCAACAUAGAUCACUUCAGAGGCCAGUAGUAAAGCAUGAUUGGGAUCUCUCGUGGAAUUCCAAUGAAUUUCCAGAAUUUACACUUUGUUUCGAAGAGACACUUCUUGUAUGGAUUCCGUGUCUACUCUUAUGGCUGCUAUCGCUCUACGAAUUGUUUAAUAUUUUUUACAAAAACAAUGCGAAACCAAUUCGUUAUACAAUACUAUUCAUCGCUAAAAUGGUUUACAUAAUAGCUCAUUUCACUGGAUUAGUGGAUAACAAUGAAUCCGGAAGAGACGGCAUCCUUCUUGUCUCGGGUGACCUUUUGGUGGUUCAAUUCAAUGAUAUUUAAAGGAUAUAAGAAACCAUUGGCCACCGAAGACAUGUGGUCGUU